AAAUGUUAGAAAUCUGAGCUCCAAAUCACGAACUUCUUUUAGUCAUGGCGCCUCUUUCUCUCUUCUUAAGCAGUUCCUUCAUUUCAUCUCCUCAAAGCCGACAAAUUCUCAGAAUCAACCCCAUCAAAAUCAAACCCACAAUCUCUCUUGCCCUGAGACCACAAAAUCUGCCGACAAUCAAAUCUAUUCACAAGAAUUCCAAUGACCCACCACCCGUUUCUGUAACACCAAAAUGGGAGUCAGUGUUGUCUACUGCUGCGAGCCUUUACCCUAUUUAUGUGACCGGCGGGGCCAUUGUUGCUUGUCUAAAGCCUUCAACCUUCUCUUGGUUCGUGCAGAGAGGGCCAAUUUCAUAUACUCUGUCACUAGGGUUCAUUAUGCUUGUAAUGGGUCUUACAUUGGAGCUUAAUGAUUUGCUAAAUCUAUUCAUGAAAAGGCCUAUUUCGAUACUAUUUGGAUGUCUUGCUCAAUAUACUAUUAUGCCAGCUAGUGCAGCAAUCCUUAGCAAAUUGUUGCAUCUAUCUCCGGCUGCAUCUGUUGGCUUGAUAUUGCUUGGUUGUUGUCCAGGCGGGACUGCAUCUAAUGUGGUGACUUUAAUUGCUCAAGGAGAUGUUCCCUUAUCUAUUGUAAUGACAGUUUGCACAACACUUGGAGCAGUGCUUGUUACUCCCCUUUUGACUAAAGUCUUGGCUGGAACUUAUGUUCCUGUUGAUGCAGCAAAACUCUCAAUCAGUACCCUGCAGAUAGUUGUGGCUCCAAUUCUGUUGGGUUCUUGCUUACAAAAAAUAUUUCCUUCUUCUGUCAAAUUAAUCACACCCUUUUCUCCUCUAUUGGCUGUGCUGUUCUCAGUCCUCCUUGCUUGCAGUGUUUUCUCAGAAAAUGUUGGUCUCCUAAAAUCUUCGUUUGCAUCACUGCCUUCUGGAAUGAGUCCUCUUCUCUAUGCUAAAGAAAUUCUGUCUGGUGAAAUUGGGGCUAUAAUGUUCUCUGUGCUGUUGCUGCAUUUUGUGGGGUUCCUUGUUGGGUAUUUAUCGGCAGCUAUCUCAGGUUUUAAAGAGCCACAAAGGCGAUCAAUAUCAAUUGAGGUGGGAAUGCAGAACUCAUCUUUGGGGGUGGUUUUGGCAACUUCCCAUUUUGCGUCGCCAAUGGUUGCAUUACCAGCGGCCUUGUCUGCUGUAAUCAUGAAUAUAAUGGGUAGCAGUUUGGGCUUCUUUUGGAGAUAUAUCGAUCCAUCCAAUCCUGACCGUCAAUCAGCACCCCAAGAAUAAGGGGCGAUGAUCAUGAUUUUGGCCCUUAAUUUACUUUUCCACCACUAAUUGGUAUUGAAAUCUAUUGUUUUCAUUAGUUUUAUUUUAUUUGAUCCUACCAUGUAGUUCCGAUGGUAAGAGAUUUGGACCCAGCGGUUUACAUUAGUUGAUUCACUUUCGGAUUAUUUGGGGAAAAAAUCUGGUUUCAUGAGAAGGUGGAAUUUCAUACGAGUUACUAAUGCAAUUUCAUCCCUUUACUAAUAUUGUAGUUUAGUUUGUUUCUUAGAGCAUCGUCUAGGGCACGCAAAUUCUAUUAUGCUUGCUUUUUUACCUCCAACCCGGACACCAUUUGUAAACGCAAAAUUCGUUUUGAUGUCCUCUUUCUUUCUGUCCACGUAUAUUUACGUGUUGACAUUAUUCAUUUCC